UCUUUUCAGAUCUACAUGGACACAUUAAAAGUAUUGCCUAAAUCGCUAUCAGCCGAAAGUAAACAUUCCAGUAGGGAAACUUCUCCGAAUCGGUAUGUACUGAAUGAAUCAACGGAUCAGCAAACAUCAGCUUUACAAAUUGAUGACAGUCCUACGCAGCGUAAUAAUGUCGAGCAGAAAUUACGCGAGAGAGAGGAGUCGGUUCCAAUCAACGAUAAUACAUCUGUUACAGAUGAUUUAAAAGAUAACGACGAAACGUGUAUUCCGUCUGCACAGCUGGACGAAAAUGAUGGGAACUUGACAACAAUAUCCCAAAUAAGUAAUGAUUCAGCUGACAUUAAGCAACUAUAUAAAAGCCAUCACAGAACAAGUAGUUCACUUGCUUAUAAUCGUAUCACAACUAAAAUUGCAUGCACGAAAGAAUCCAUUAAAAAAGAACAGACUGCCCGGGACGCUAACGUUAACGAGUACUUAAAACUCGCAGCUAAUGCCGACAAGCAACAACUUCAGAGGAUAAAGGCAGUGUUUGAAAAGAAAAAUCAGAAAAGUGCUCAUAAUAUUUCACAACUUCAAAAAAAGUUAGAAUCAUAUAGUAAAAGGUACAAGGAUAUGCAAUACCAUCAAAACCAAAAGCAGCAAAGCAUUCGUCAGCCAAGGGAGAUGUUACGAGAUGUUGGUCAAGGAUUACGGAACGUGGGAGGAAAUAUACGUGAUGGGGUUUCUGGCCUCUCUGCUACUGUUAUGUCCAAACCACGAGAAUUUGCUCAUCUAAUCAAAAAUAAGUUUGGAAGUGCCGAUAAUAUCAAUCAACUAUCAUCCACAUGGUACGCAGAUCACAACAUCAUGGAAAUCAACCCAUCCCAUAUUGAGGACAACGUGUCUUUCCGCUAUGAAAAUAUAAUGAACUCGAGUUUGGGUAUGAGUGAAGAAACAGAUCCAAUCGGAAUAUCUAGUCCAGGAAUAAUCGGAGAUCUUGGAGAAAAGUACAGCGAGCAAGAAAGUGAGUGCAGCAGUGUGACAAGCGAUAGCAUUCCACUAAGUUCUGGAAAACACCGAGUAUUAAGAAACCGGCAUUGUACGAAUUAUAAGGCAAUUCAUGAUAUUCGUGAUGAUUAUGAUCGGUUAAAAGGAAAACUCGAAAGAUUAGAGAUGUUGCAUAAAGACGUCAGUGAGCUGGCCAUGUCAUUAGAAACGGAGCGGUACCGGGCGGAACGAUUGGAAGAGCAACUAAAUGACUUAACUGAGCUACAUCAGAAUGAAAUUGAAAAUCUAAAACAAGCGAUUGCAGAUUUGGAGGAGAAAGUUCAAUAUCAAAGUGACGAAAGGUUACGUGAUGUUUACGAGAUAAUGGAGAAUUGUCAAACUCGUAUUUCUAAAAUAGAACAUUUGUCGCAGCAACAAUAUGUAACUGUGGAAGGAAUAGAUAACUCGAAUGCAAGAGCAGUAGUUGUAAAACUUAUAAAUGUGGUUUUGACAGUUCUUCAAGUGAUACUUUUACUGGUGGCAACUGCUGCUGGAAUUACUAUGCCUUUCCUUAAAACGAGGGUGCGUGUUUUGACAACGGUCGUUUGUAUCAUAUCUGUGGUGUUUAUUUUUAGACAAUGGACUGAGAUCAGGAAUUUAUGGUUUUAUUCAAUAGAUACAAUGAAAAUUUUUGCUUCAACUUAAAUAAAGAUGUAUUAUUUCA